GCAGUUAUAAGCAGAAAGACAGCGGGACUCAACCCAGCGAGAAGUGCAAAACAACGUACAGCAUGAGAAUCGCAGUGGUCCUCUGUUUCCUGGCCUUCGUGGUGAUAAUUCACGCACAGUCAGAAACACUCCUAACAUGUGCAGCUUCCACGACUACUAUUUCCUUAACUCAGGUGUACGGAGUAUACAAGUUUCAACCAGCCGGGUCCUAUCCUGCGACCACAACUUGUCAAUGGUUAUUCCAAGUAGAAUCUAGUUCCAGGAUAACAUUUGAAGUUACCAACAUUUAUGUUCAUUGUGGGGAUGUCUUAAAGUUUUUUGAUGGUACAACCAGCUCAUCGUCGUCUUUUGGCGGGAGUGUAUGCUGUUCCGGUUCCUGCGGUGCCACAAAGCCGAAAGAAACGACCACAGGAAACAGUUUAUUUGUACAGUUCAUCACAGAUUCGACAACAAACGCUGAUGAAUUGGGAUUCACGGUCGCAGUGAUAGCUGGAACGGAGUAUCCGCAUUGUAAAAUGUCCGGGGAAAGCGUGACGAUCUCGUUGACAGUUUUACCUGAAAUCCCUGUGACAUCACCACUAUUUCCAGCACCGUAUGAUCUUAACUAUGACUGCACUAUCACAAUACAUUACCCUCCUGGAAAAGUUCGGCUUGAUUUUCUGUACGCAGAACUGGAAUCAUUUGGAGGAAGUUGUAUGGAUUAUAUAGAAAUACAUGACGGUGAUUCUAUUUCCUCACCAUCUCUGGCCAGAACUUGUGAUGCCGUACCCCCCGUUUUAUCUUUCACCUCCACCGGUUCCUAUCUGACUAUAAAGUUCUCCAGCGAUAAUCAAGAGGUGAAGACAGGGUUUUAUGCGAAUGCCAUAGCUGUGGACUUACCAGAAGUAGCGACAACAACACCGAAAACAAAACGGCCGUGUAUCUGCAGACCUCCGUUCCUUAAAAACACACAGAAGAGUCCCUUCCAUGUAGUUCCAGGUAUGAGAGGACGGCUAGCAAGAGGUCGCAAAACUCGUGAGACUACCUAGAUACCACGUGACGCCACACAAGAUGUGAGGGACAAUCACAAGAAACCUCAUAACACAUGAAUCAUGUCUGUCAGGAAAAUAAAAGUUAUCUUACUGAUAUAAA